GUAAAAAGCGCUUUUCACCGCUGAACAAAACCUCUCCAAGUCGUUUCUCUCAAGCUCCAUCUUCUUUGCAGCAUGAACCCCUUCGUGAAGAUGAAUCUGAUGGAGCUUAAAAGGUUUGGAAACGGCUCUCUCGCUCAACAAGUGAUCUUCCGAGGAAUCAGAUUUUACAGCACGAAGCCACUGGAUAUGAAGAAGUUGAAGCCCAUGAUCCUGAAGCGGAUUGAGGAACGGUCCAAGGAUUAUCCAAUCAGAGCUAUGAUUCCGGUGGCCAAUGAGGUUCUACGGGCUCGAGCCGCCCUAUACGACGGCGUAUCAACACUCGUCCAGCAUAUUCCCGUCUGGGCUUGCAAAUACUGCCCUGAAGUUUUUAUAGGCGAAAGUGGUCACUUAAUUCAUACUUGCCAAGGCUUCCGCCAUCAUGCGAAGAACAAGCCCCAUAACUGGCUUAAAGCAACCUUAAAAGACAUAAUUGUCCCCGUAGAAACCUUUCAUCUUCAGAGAAUGUUCCAGAAUGUAAUCGAACACGACGAAAGAUUCGAUUACAACCGGAUUCCAGCUGUCAUUGAGCUCUGCCUGCAAGCAGGCGCAAAUAUCAACAACGAAGAUAUUAUUACCAAACCCGAUAAUCUCGAAAACAACACAACCAAUUUCGAAAAAUUAUCACAAGAUGAUCUUAGGUUAGUUGGCACAAGAACCCUGCAUGCAUGGGAGGCCCUCCGAUUGAGAGUUCACAAGCUAUUAAUGGUCUAUCCAGCUAGGUUCUGCAAACACUGUAAUGAAGUGCAUGUGGGCCCAUCGGGCCACAAGGCCCGAACGUGUGGAGUGUUCAAGUAUGACAAUUUUCGCGGGGGGCAUUUUUGGGAGAAGGCGAAAGUGGAUAAUUUGGUGCCCCAGAAAGUUGUUUGGAUCAGACGGAGGCAAGAUCCACCUGUACUUGUCGAUAAGGGGCGGGAAUAUUAUGGGCGGGCUCCUGUUGUGGUGGAUUUAUGCAGUAAGGUGGGUGCAUUGGUCCCAUCUAGAUACUUUUGUAUGAUGAAAUUGGAUGGACUGACUGCUCCAAUUUGAAUUAGAUUAGAAAAGUUUCUGUUUUGUUUAUUCAUGUUAGAAUGCAUUUUCCUCACUGGAAAAAGCCAAAAAGGUUGAUUGAUCGACUGAGAAAUCUCUAGGCAUGAAAAUGGUUAGGAUGAUGUCUAUUUUUUGCAAGUGUAGGCCUUUUUUUCCUUUUUUUUUGGUUAACAAAAUUUAAGAGCACUGUGGGAGGCACAAUACAGUUAUGUGCAGAUAGGGCUGUUAUCGAACUGAAUCGAAUCGAGCUUAAGGUUUUCGUGCUAGGGUUUCGACUAAUUUCGAACAUGUUCGUGUACGUUCGUUUAGCAAUAGAAUCAAACAUUUCGUUCGUGUUCUUUUUCUUGUUGGUUCGACAUGUUCAUGUCCGUUUGUUUAUAUAGUCGAACUUGUUCGUGAUCUGUUGUCGGUUCGUGUUCGUGAUUCUUGAUUUUUUUUAUUUUAUUACACAAAGUAUUUUAUUUAAUAUUUGAUAUAUAUCUAUAUAUAUUUAUAAAUAUCUUU